AUUCCCACGCAGGACGCGGGGCUUUUGCAGCCCAGCCGGUUCCGGCUGAGGAAGAUGGCGGUGGCUGCGGUGGCGUCCCAGGAGCAGCUGGUUCGAUGGUGUACCCAACAGUUACGGAAAACAUUCGACCUAAAUGUCAGCGAGGAGAUUAUACAGUAUGUUUUGUCGAUUGAGAGUGCUGAGGAGAUACGAGAAUAUGUUACUGACCUCCUCCAGGGAAAUGAGGGCAAAAAAGGUCAAUUCAUUGAAGAUCUUAUAAUCAAAUGGCAAAAUAAUGAUCAGGAGUCAAUUUCUGACCCUUUACAGCAGUGCUUCAAAAAAGAUGAAGUUUCAGAUGGACAGAAAUCAGGAGACCAGAUAAAGAGAAGUAGACGGAAAGGGAGAAACAGACAGGAAAUUCCUGCAUUUGCUGAACUUGAUACAACCACAGAGGUCAAAACACCUUUUGAUUUGGCCAAGGCACAAGAGAACAGUAACUCUUUGAAGAAGAAGACUAAGUUUGUCAGUUUAUACACAAAAGAGGGACAGGACAGGCUUGCAGUCCUGCUCCCUGGUCGCCACCCUUGUGAUUGCCUGGGCCAGAAGCAUAAACUAAUCAAUAACUGUCUGACAUGUGGGCGUAUUGUCUGUGAACAAGAGGGCUCUGGCCCCUGCUUAUUCUGUGGCUCUCUGGUAUGUACUCGGGAAGAACAAGAUAUUUUACAGCGUGACUCAAACAAGAGUCAGAAACUGCUGAAGAAGCUCAUGGCAGGGAUGGAGAAUUCUGGAAAGGUGGAUAUCUCCCCCAAAGACCUUCUUCCUCAUCAGGAGUCUCGAAUUAAGUCUGGCUUAGAGAAGGCUGUCAAGCAUAAAGACAAACUGUUAGAAUUUGACAGAACAAGUGUCCGAAGGACCCAAGUCAUUGAUGAUGAGUCAGAUUACUUUGCCUGUGAUUCUAAUCAGUGGUUGUCCAAACUUGAGCGAGAAGUCCUGCAGAAACGAGAAGGGGAGCUAAGAGAACUUCGACAUGCCUCUCGACUCUCUAAGAAGAUCACUAUCGACUUUGCAGGCAGGAAGAUCCUAGAAGAAGAAAAUCCACUAGCAGAAUAUCACAACAAACUAGAUGAGACAAUACAGGCCAUUGCCAAUGGAACUUUGAACCAGCCGUUGGCCACAUUGGAUAGAUCUUCUGCAGAGCAUUUUGGAGUUCUGGUGAAUCCCAACAUGCACCAGCCCCCUCCCCAGUGGGUAGACCAAACUGGUGUAGCCUCACAUAAGAAGACUUUACACCUAGAAGGAUCCGAGCUUAAUUCAUAUCAUCACCGGAUGCGAAUCCAGGACCAAGAGUUUCAGGAAGGCUUUGAUGGUGGUUGGUGCCUCUCUAUGCAUCAGCCCUGGGCUUCUCUGCUUGUCAGAGGGAUUAAAAGGGUAGAGGGAAGAACCUGGUAUACUCCUCAUAGAGGACGGCUUUGGAUAGCAGCCACUGCAAAAAAACCCUCCCCUCAAGAAGUCUCAGAACUCCAGGCUACAUACUGUCUUCUUCGUGGGAAAGAUUUGGAAUUUCCGAGUGACUAUCCAUCAGGUUGUCUUCUUGGCUGUGUGAACCUGACUGACUGCAUGUCGCAGAAGCAAUUUAAGGAGCAAUAUCCAGACAUGAGUCAAGAAUCUGAUUCUCCAUUUGUUUUCAUCUGCUCAAAUCCCCAGGAAAUGAUUGUGAAGUUUCCCAUUAAAGGAAAUCCAAAAAUCUGGAAGCUGGAUUCCAAGAUCCAUCAAGGAGCAAAGAAGGGGUUAAUGAAGCAGAAUAAAGCUGUCUGAGCCAGGAGGAAAAAAGCUAUACAGCAGAGUGGAGUUUUGUGUACUAAAUUGCUAUCCAUUGGUCCUUUGGAAUUAAAAUUGCAGUAGAAAUGUAAAGGCUUGAGUCUCUAAGAAUUUAAACUCUUAACCAAAACCUAUAUAUAUGUAUUUUUUAAGUGUGGGAUUCUUAGUUCCAGUGAUGGGUCAAAAUCUUUGAGUACAUUAUUUAUAAAAACCAACUUCAAAAUUC